AUGGCCCAAAACCAGCAGUCUACCCGUCAAGGGUGCCACUCAAUCUUCUCGAGCGAGUCAAAUGCACAGCAAACACGUUUGGCAUUCGGAAACCUCCACGGUGGACCUCGUGAGGGAUCUCAAAGCGACCUUAGUUCUACUGACGAUAGCAGUGAUACUUAUCUCUGCCGCGAGCUUGUCGGACGUGAUUCUGACGCAACGUGCAUUCAAGCGUACCCGAACCCGCGCAGUGUAGAGGACGAGCUAUCACUAGAAGUCGUCCGAGAAACAUGCCGCGAGAUCAACGGUCUAAGGAGAGGAAUAUCCCGACCAGGCAGGUUCGACCCAACGCACGAAAAGCGAAAGAGAACCGUCACGUUUGAAACGUAUGAAACGUGUCCUUGCAGUAUAUGCGGUAUUGUAGACGCAGGCGAAGGCCUGGUUUGUGAAGUCUGCGAUAAGCUUGUUCAUCUGUCGUGCAUGAAACCACCGUUUAGUUGUGUUCCUGACGAUGACUGGCACUGCCUUCAGUGUCGAGAACAGUUUGACUUUACAAAUUUUGGGGUGCAGGCACCGUGCAUGCUUUGUGGUGUAGCUGACGACAGAGACGGCCUGGUGUGUGAUAGGUGUGAUACCGUGUAUCAUCACGAAUGUCUCGGUGACACUGUCGCCGCACGCGCUUCGGAAAAGUGGUUCUGCAGCUCUUGUCAUGACGAAGCUUAUCGUGAUAAGAAGAUAUCUUCUUUCACGAGUCGCCUAUGGGAGGGUCUUGAUGGCCAGACUGGGCCUGCGUCACCAUGCAUGAAGGAAUUAUUAUCCGCGAAAGAAGGCCCGUCUAUCGUUUCUUGGCUCAAAGAUGGAGAAUUCCAAUUGCGCUAUGCAUUAUACCUUCCUGUCGUUAAUUCGGACCAGGUUUUUGAAGUUGUGCACGCUGCUUCAACGCCUCUGUUCCAGCGAUCCUUAGCAUGUAUUAAAAAGAACGUUUUCCUGCUAACAGGCAGUCAAAUGGACAUACCUCCGCGAUAUUUGUGCUCAAUCGAUACCCCCCCGAUGGCCACCCAUGUUGGAUACAACCGGGACUGGGAAUUGCCUAAAGGUUGCGCUGCAAUAGUUCCCAUGGCCAUUGACGUGGAAUCCAUGUCUCUCAUCGAUCUGCCCAAGAACAUCCUUGAUGUGAUCUCACCGGACAAUUGCUCACAGCAUCACCCCUUGGCCGACAGCUCGGGCCUAAAUGUAUGCGAACUUUACAGUGGCAUUGGUUGUUGGCUCGAUGGUGCGCGUCGCAGUGGAAAACUGAAGUUUGGCAUGGCAGUCGAAAGUGAUAGCGAAGUUGCGCAAGUGUCCAAGGACUAUUUACAAGGUUGUGCAGAGAUAAUCAAUGAAAAGGUGGAAGUUUUGGUUGGUGCAGAGGGACACUUCUGUCGAAAGGGAAGUUCAGCUGAGCAUGCACUGGAGUUUAUAUCAAAAUGCAAGCUCGAUUGCAUCGCCGGUUCUCCCCUUUGUGAGGGAUUCUCGAACAUGAACAGACAUCACCACAGUCUCCGAUCAAAGGAAAAGCGCUGGCAUUUGAGACAUUGGGGACAGGCGGUGCUGAAAUUUACGCCAGCAUAUGCCCUAAUGGAAAAUGUACCCGAAGUUACAUCCGGCCGGAAUGAAGAACACCUUUGUACGCUGCUAGCCCUUCUGGCCAUGACAGGAUAUCAGUUGCAGACGUACUUGCUGUCGUGCAGUGCCUUUGGGGCAGCCAGCACCAGAACUCGUUUUGUGCUGGUAGCAACACGAAGAGGUAUUCCUGUUCCUCCACCGCCGAGACCAACGCAUCGGUGUUUUUCAGUAGGUCGGCCAGAAUGCAGUGGUGUGCGUUGGGCUCUUGCGAAAGGUAAACCGAGCGCAUAUGACGAGCAUGACGAUGAAUUACUUCCACCGGUCACGUUACGAAGGGUGCUGUGUGAUUUAGGGUCUCCAACAGCACCACCACGAGAUGCGUCAUUACCUGGUGAUCUUCACGCUGAGCGGAAAGAACAUGAAAAUGUCAGAGCUCUACUCGAUGCGCUUCCAAUUGAUGAAAAUGCAUGCUACGCAAAUAUCAGAGCGAAGAUCAGAAAAAAACAUCCCAUCAGCCGUGCAGAGACUGAUAUGAAUUCGGGCGCAGAAAAGUUUGCUCAGCUCAUCUUCAGGCGUCUAAACCCAGACAGGCCAGCCUGUUCUUUUACGACGCAGUUCAGACCUGAUGGUUUCCAAGGACGCGUUGUCCAUCCCAAGGAAGCCAGGGUUUGUACUCCCGCCGAGGCACUCUCUUGUCUUGGGUUCAAGGUUUCCAGCCUUCCGCAUGCCAAGUUGAGCAUCGGCCACAGGUUGGCAGGUAACGCGUUUUCACCCCUUGUGACAAAGGCUAUUUUUGACGCAAUCUGUACCCCUUUGGAAGAUCGCAGUCUAGCUACGGAAAAUACGAACUCACGUGCCUUGUAG